ACGCGGGCGGGCGGGCCGAGUCGGGAGGGCUGCGCCCUCGUGCUGUGGCGACGCUGGGCUUGGCGCUGGUGGAGGCGCCAUGGAGGCGGACGCGGCGCCGAACUCGGAGCGGGGCCCGGGCCCCGAGGAGGGCGCGCGGGCCCUGGCCGAGUUCGUGGCGCUGCACGGGCCAGCGCUGCGCGCGUCUGGGGUCCCCGAGCGGUACUGGGGCCGCCUCCUGCACAAGCUGGAGCACGAGGUGUUCGACGCGGGAGACAUGUUUGGGAUCAUGCAAGUGGAGGAGGCGGAGGAGGAGGAGGAGGGCGAGGAGGAGGCCGCCCGAGAGGAGGGCAGGAGGAAGGCCAACCCCGGCGGCGAGCGCUGCUACAAGGUCAUCGUGACCAAUGAGAACGGGCUCCAGGCGGCCGACCCCAACAGCAUCUUCCUCGUCGACCACGCCUGGACAUGCCGGGUGGCGCACGCCCGCCAGCAGCUGCACCAGGUGCCCGGCCUGCUGCACCGCAUGGCCAACCUGAUGGGCGUCGAGUUCCACGGGGAGCUGCCCAGCGCCGAGGCCGUGGACCAGGUGCUGGAGGAGAUGUGGAAGUUCAACCAGACCUACCAGCUGUCCCACGGGACGGCGGAGGAGAAGGUGCCGGUGUGGUACAUCAUGGACGAGUUCGGCUCGCGCAUCCAGCACUCGGACGCGCCCAGCUUCGCCACCGCGCCCUUCUUCUAUGCACCCCAGCAGGUGGCCUACACGCUGCUGUGGCCCCUGAGGGACCUGGACACGGGCGAGGAGGUGACCCGGGACUUCGCCUACGGGGAGGCGGACCCCCUGAUCCGGAGGUGCCGGCUCCUGCCCUGGGCGCCCGCCGACCUGCUGGGCCUCAGCUCCUGCACGCCCGAGCCGCCCGACGAGCACUACCAGGCCAUUUUGGAGGAAAACAAGGAGAAGCUGCCAGUGGCCAUCGACCCGGUGGCGCGUCCCCGUGACCACAUCUUCAAGGUCUACACAGAUGUGCAGCAGGUGCUCCGCCACCUCACCCACCCUCGCUUCACCUUCACCCGGAGCGAGGCGGACGCCGACAUCCUCUACAACUUCUCUCACUUCAAGGACUACCGGAGGCUCAGCCAGGAGAGGCCGCACGUGCUGCUGAACCAGUUCCCCUGCGAGAGCCUGCUCACCGUGAAGGACUGCCUGGCCUCCGUUGCGCGCCGGGCGGGCGGCCCCGCAGGCCCGGCCUGGCUGCCCCGCACCUUCAACCUGCGCACCGAGCUGCCCCAGUUCGUCAGCUGCUUCCAGCAGCGGGAGAGGCGGGGCGAGGACAACCACUGGAUCUGCAAGCCCUGGAACCUGGCGCGCAGCCUAGACACCCACGUCACCAAGAGCCUGCACAGCGUCAUCCGGCACCGGGAGAGCAGCCCCAAGGUGGUGUCCAAGUACAUCGAGAGCCCGGUCCUGUUCCUCCGGGAGGACGUGGGGAGGGUCAAGUUCGACAUCCGCUACGUCGUGCUGCUGCGGUCGGUGAGGCCCCUCAGGCUGUUCGUCUACGACGUGUUCUGGCUGCGCUUCUCCAACCGGCCCUUCGCCCUCAACGACCUGGACGACUACGAGAAACACUUCACCGUCAUGAACUACGACCCGGAAGUGGUGCUGAAGCAGGUGCACUACGAUGAGUUCAUCCCCGAGUUCGAGAAGCAGUACCCAGAAUUCCCCUGGCAGAGCGUCCAGGCCCAGAUCUUCCAGGCCUUCAGGGAGCUGUUCCAGGCGGCCUGUGCCAAGCCCCCCCCACUGGGCCUCUGUGACUACCCUUCGUCCCGGGCCAUGUACGCCGUGGACCUCAUGCUCAAGUGGAGCAGCCACCCGGAUGGAAAGCGCGUGAUGCAGCCACAGAUCCUGGAGGUGAACUUCAACCCGGACUGCGAGCGAGCCUGCCGGUACCACCCGACCUUCUUCAACGACGUCUUCAGCACCUUGUACCUGGACGAGCCCAGCGGCUGCCACACCACCCGCCUGCUGUAGGUGCUGCGGCCCUUCCGCCGGAUCUCGGGCGGGUCCAGCCUCAGGCCUCCGAGCUGCUCCUGCAAGGCCCCCUCCGCCUCUCCCCUCCCCCUGGGCACCGGAGGGCCGGGUCCGGCUCCGCCCCUGGGGUGCAGGCCCCGCCCCCCACGCAGGUCAGGGGCAGGGCCGUCACACUCCCCUCCGCCCUGGCUGCGCGGUGGCUCCUCCCAGCCCAGCCCGGGCCUCAACGCUGAGUGUCUGGUUUCUGGGCUCCCGUGUUUCCCGGGGUGUCAGCGAAAGGGGUUUGGGGCACGUGACGGGGUGUUCUCCGGGAGCCCGGGCGUGAACGCGGCCAGGCUGGCUCUCAUCCAGGGAGCCUGCUCAUGUACCGCGGCCCCUCCAGAGCGAGGGUCAGGCCCCCACACUCCUCCCCCAGGGCCCCGUGUGACAGGCGCCCCCAGAACUCACUGGGGAGCCUGCCUGCCAGGCGCAGCCUCUGACCCCGCGCUCACCCCAGCGCGGGCCGAACCUUCACCAGCAAACCUGCGAGUUCUGGGGCAGCAAGCCCCCCGCCUCUUGUUGCUGAUGCCUUGCCGUUCAGCAAGGGCCCACCCGUCCUGGCCCCGGGGGUCCCAGGGCCUGACUACAGCCGAGGUUCCGCCCUGGUCUGAGUGUGGGCAGCGCUUUUCCAGGGGACCGGCGUGGGCACCAGAGCACCGGGCAGUGGAGGGAUUUCAGGUGAUUGCACCGAGAACUUCACGGCAGUCCGAUGCCAUCUCCCCCUGGGGCCUGGAGUCAGAAUGUUGGUUUACUGUUACUCUUUCAUUUAUGGGAAGAAAAUAGAAAAUCUCGUUCUCAAUGUUGUUUCUGAAACUCGGGGUCAGCGCACGGUGGGGCUGCAGUGUACCGGGCCCGCUCCCAGGGCGGCGGGCCGGCGGCUCCCCACGCAGAGGGGGCUGCCUGCCAAGUGUCACUGUGUGCAUGUCGAGGGUGGGGGAGCGUGUUUCAUUCCGGAGCGGAGAGCACUCCCUGUGGCAAAGCUGGACUGGACUGUGCCGCCCGUCUCCACGGGGUGGCGUCGGGCCAUCCUCUCUGUUGACCAGACCCUCAGCCCGUCCCUCCGGCCAAGCAGCAGCCGUGCAGCAGGCAGGACACCUCAUCUCAACCGCUGUCGUCUGCCCCCGUCUCAACUGGAUGUGUACCCCAAUAAAGUCUGCCUUCUGCACUCAGGCCUCCCUGUCUGGGGGGACCGGGGACCACCGGCCGGCAUGCUGUC